UGUGUUUCAUAUUUACUGCUCAGUCCUGAGACUUUACUUAACCAACAAAAAUAAAAAAGUAUCUGGACUGCAAGCGCCGCCCAAGAUGUUGGCCUUUGCUGUGUCAGCGUUAUUUUUCUUCCUCGAUUUGCCAAGUGUGGAAUUGUGUCCAGUACCCUGCGAAUGCACAGAACUCCGUGACCAUGGCUUCAGAGUUGACUGCAGCUCCAAACUUCUGAAGGAAAUUCCUGUUCUUCCUGAAAACACAAUUGAACUUCACCUACAGGAGAACCACCUCACCACUGUUGCUCCAGGCAAGUUCGACAAGCUUCACAACCUGAGAAAGUUAGACCUUUCCUCCAAUCCAUGGAACUGUGAUUGCCACAUUGCAUACCUCAAACACUGGCUCGAAGAUCAAAAGCUCAUUUCUGAUUCAUCUGUUCUUUGUUCAACUCCUGCUGUAAUUAACGGCAAACAUAUAUUGAACCUAACCGGCAAUGAGUAUCCUGCCUGUAAGAACCAUGAAUUGAUCCUUUGUAAAUCAAUUCUUCACAGAAAUAUCGGUAUUUUUGCUGUAUCGUUGCUUGUUUUUCUUUUGUUAGCAUGUGCUGUUCGCAUUGCAAAGUACUUGAGCUACCGGGUUUUCAUGGCAGAAUGCCCCUUAAGAUCAAACAGUCAACGGAAAAGUGGCAGGGGAAAUGAAUUUUGCAAAUAAAACAUUUUUUUCAAUAUUCUCUAUAAAGUACAACCCCUUAGAGAACUACAAUUCUAGAUUAUAGAAACAUAUAAUCAUAUAAAAUAGGUGCAGGAGUAGGCCAUUCGGCCCUUCGAACCAGCGCCAUUCAAUACGAUCAUGGCUGAUCAUCUAAAGUCAAUAGCCCAUUCAUGCUUUCUCCCCAUAUCCCUUGAUUCCCUCUGCCCUAAGAGCUAAAUAUAACUUUGUUUAGAAAUAAUGAAAGUUUUGUUAUAUGUAUAAUACUCAGAGGGCAAUGUGGGAGGGGCUUGAACUUUGAAAUCAUUGAGAAGAAGGGUCUUGACCCAAAACGUCAUCUAUUCCUUCUCUCCAUAGAAGCUGCCUGUCCCGCUGAGUUACUCCAGCUUUUUGUGUCUAUCUUCGGUUUAAACCAGCAUCUGCAGUUGGUUCCCACACAGGAAGAUAAACUAAUUUGCCUGUUUUAUUGCACAAAUGAUUCAUAAUGAAUUUCCAACUCUGCAUCUUUUUGCCUUUUGUUUGACUGCAUCAUGUGUUCUACCUGAGACCUACUCCCCAAACGGAUUACUCUGAAUUUCCAUACUCAAAUCCUCUGGUUCCCUGACUUUGCUUGUAGUUGCAGAAUCAAGCUCCCCAUCAUUUCAAAUCAUAUUCUUUCUCAAGCGUCAGAGAUCCUCUCUAUCAGAAUGGGCAGCACGACACUGCAGCGGUAGAGUUGCUGCCUUAUGCCACUGACCCACUUAGGAAACCUGAACGGAAACCUCUGGAGACUUUGCGCCCCACCCAAGGUUUCUGUGCGGUUCCCGGAGGUUGCCGGUGGUUGCCGGAGGUUGCAGGUAGUGGAAGCAGGUAGGGAGACUGACAAAAGCCUCCGGAAACCGCACGGAAACCUUGAGUGGGGCACAAAGUCUCCAGAGGUUUCCGUUCAGGUUUCCUAGGUGGGACAGGGGCAUAAUAGCGCCAGAGACUCAAGUUUGAUCCUGACUAUGGCUGCUAUGGAGUUUGUACAUUCUCCCCGUGGCCUGAGUGGGUUUUCUCCAGGAGCUCCGGUUUCCUCCCACACUCCAAAAACACACAGGUUUGUAGGCUAACUGGCCUGGUAAAAUUGUAAACUGUCCCUAGUGUAUAUAGGACAGUGUUAGUGUGUGGAGUUCGCUGGUCGUUGUGGACUCGGUGUUUCCGCGGUGUAUAUCUAAACUAAACCAAAUUAAACUAAAUAAACUAAAAUGUAUCAUGUAAUUAUAAAAUAAACUCACACUUUGCAGUGGUAUCACUUUUUUUUAAACCUUGGGAGAAAUGUUUGUAUAAUGGUGAUGUUACUAAUAAUUGGGAAAUGAAGACUUAAUGAUAUAGAAAACCAGCUUCAAUAUAAAUACGAGCAUCAGAGCAAGGGUGAGGGAGUACUAGAAAGGGUGCAGGGAGUUUUUUUUGUGAAUAUUGGUUAGAAUGAAGAAUUUAUAGCCAUGGGGAAUGUUUAAUUUAAGGUUGUUUUCUUUGAUAUACAGUAAUACACAGGAAAUAUACAGUAAACCCUUGUUAUUACAGACCUUUAGGAUGGAUUUCGGUUGUAGCGGACUGUAUCUUUAAGAAUACAGGCUUACACUGUGGAGGUCACUGAAAUUGUCAAGCCAUUGAAAUUGAUAAGGCGUAGAAAUUGCCAAGGCAUUGGAAUUGAUAAGGCGUAGGAAUUGCCAAGGCAUUGGAAUUGACACACAAUCUCUUCGAUUGACACCUAACGCCAUUGAACAAUGCAUCAAAACAGUAUUUUCAGCUUGCAGUACAAAAAUACAUUUUUAGCUGUUGAGAACGUUGAAUAUUCAGCAGGUUAGGCAUGUUAGUGUCUUUGGAAGGAGAAUCAGAGUUACAUUUAAGGUCAAUGUCCUUUUGCCCUGGUGGGCAGCUGUUUGUGGGAAUCUCACUUGGAGUGGGACAGGGUUACCUCACCCCGCCACACAGCCACCACAUGCUCUCAGUCUCUGAAUCCAGGAAUCUGCAGCAGGGGCAGUAGUCAUUUGCCCAUGUGGUG